AUGUCGACCGCUAAGAAACAGGUGAUAAACAGGCACCUCGAGGCCGCCGUGAGAUCCUUUCGGGCUGCAUGGAACGACGACUCUAUUCUGGGGGAUGCGAAGGCUUACGUGUACAGCGUCGCCGUCCCCUACGUGAUGCACCCGGCGGUGGCGCUCAUGGGCUUGUACAACCUCGGGUUCCUUGCCGCGAACGGCAUCAAGGCGGGCGUGAGGUCGUCGGGGGCGAAGGUGACCAAUUUCGGGUCCUUCUUCUACCACGGGAAGAAGACGGGGAAGUCCAAUUACACGGACUUUGUCUUCCAGCACGGGGAGGAGUUCGAAGUGGACGUCAACGACGCGGCAUGCAGGCUGAUCCACAACCCGCCUGCUCAGGCGGACGGCGUGCCUUCGGACCCCCCCACCACCACGAACAUCAUAUUCAAGAACGUGGGGCCCGAAGAGAUGAUGGCUCAAGCAGACCCGAAUAAGUUUGGGCGCGGGUGGUGGUCCGCCAUCCGGGCAGAGGCGGAGUUCGGGGGCCACUGCGAGCAAGUGAAUCUUCUGGGCUCGGGCGGCGCUCAGAAAAAGUACGAGAACCAGGCGGGGUACAACGACCUAUUCGACGACGGCAUGGCCUCGAAGCUCUACCGCGACGCGUCGAAGAACUACGGGAAGGACGUGUUCGCUAACUGGAAGCGCCGGGUUCUCCAACGGCAAGAAGUUCGCACCAUGGGGUUCUACCACACUGGGUGCAUGAACUUCCAUGACGCGUACAAGCUCCUCUGCGAGGCCGAAGGACACCAUUCCAUGGCGUUGCUGGACCGGUAUUGCGCCAUGCCGCUGAUUCCGGAGAAUCCGUACGCGGACCCCCCGGACGGUUUCGAUCCCCCGGAGGUUGUCAAGAAGGCAGACGGGGAGUUGCAGCGCGACGCGCACGGAUUGUGGCGCAGGGACAAGCUGCCUGCCCCGAGGAAUGAAGUGCUUGACGGCAUGAGGGCGGUCAAGGAUUUCGUGGAGAGCAACCCCAACGCUGUGGCGCGCUUCGCGCCCAAAGGUGCAGCUCUGUAUCGCCUGGUGGACAGCGUUAACUGGAGCGCGGCCGACCGUCUUCAGUACGUGGAUGAGGACAAAGCCGCCCGGCUUCGCCAGCUGCAGCGCUUCCUCUACGACUUCGCCAUUGCCCAGCUGCUGCUUGAAGUCCAGAAGGCUGCCUCCGGUCCCGCGGGCCCAGCGGGCGACGCAGCCGACGCUGGCGCGGCGGCUGCUCCGGGCGCGGUUGCCACUCGCCCCACGGUGAAGGACACGUUCGUCGACGAGCAGCACGUCCAGCGUGCAGUUUGCCACUUGGCUGCGAUCUGGGAGGGCCGCGAGUCCUUCGUGAACCCGCGCCGCACCAUGUAUUUGGAAGAGAACGUGUGGCGCGGCACGUUGGCUGAGCAGCGAGAGGCGGCGGCGCGGGCCGCGGCGGAUGAGGGCGCCGAUGACGUGGAGGCCGAAGGCGCCGCGGGCGCCGAGAGCGGUCUCGAGUUGCCGGGCGUCGACGAGUACGUCUUUGUGGGGAUAAUUGAUGCGGGCUUGAAGUCUCGCAUGAUCGCCGGAGUUGACGACGCGGAGGUUACGUGGGGCGGCGGCGACCUGAUCGCGGCCGCCUGCAAGAACACGCUCCUGUGGAAAUGCUCCACGGCAGAGAACCGCAUCACCGGCAACAUGGUUUCCGCCGCCAUCCGCGCGAGUCAGGUCGCUUGGCCGUCGUUGUCCUGGUGGAAGUCCGUCGUGGUCGAGGGCGAGCUCUUGCAUGCGGGGCUGGGCCGGAAGUCUGACCACAAUGCCGGCGGGGGGUUCUGGGAGAAGCCCAAAGUCCCGAUUGAUGAAGAAGAACUCACUGCCUUCGUGGACCAGUUGGCGCAAUAG